AUGGUCACAAAAGUAGAGACAGUCAUUGGGACUUGGAAUGUGAGAUCAUUAAGUCAGUGUGGUAAAGCAGAACUACUAGUGCAUGAGAUGGACAACCUAAACUGGCACAUAUUGGGCAUAUCAGAGAUGAGAUGGGAAGGGAUUGGUGAAGCUUUGACUGAGGAUGGGCAUAAGUUGUGGUUUAGUGGAAAUAACAAGAAAAAUAUUAAUGGCGUUGGCUUCUUGGUCAACAAGGCAAUCAAGAACUCAGUAUUAGAAUACACCCCAGUAAACGAGAGAUUAGCGAUGAUAAGAAUUGCAGGAAAGCCUUUCAACUUGACUGUAGUGUAUGCUCCCACCCAAGACUGCUGUGAUGAGGUAAUUGAUGACUUCUAUGAGAAUUUUAAUGAUCUAAUAAAGACUAUUUCAAAAAAAGACAUAUUAGUGGUUCAAGGAGACUGGAAUGCGAAGAUUGGUGAAGAUGCAUAUGAAAAUUGGAAAGGUGUGGUAGGGAAGUUUGGACUCGGAGAAACAAAUGAGAGAGGACUGAAACUGCUGGAAUUCGCUAAGAAUCAUCAACUUAUUGUUGCCAACACCUUAUUCAAUCAUAAAAUAUCUAGAAGAACUACGUGGUACUCCCCAGACGGCAAAACACACAAUCAAGUUGCUUUCAUCCUUAUUUCAAAGAGAUUUUCAUCAGGAAUAAAUAGAGCAAAAACAAGAACCUUCAACAAACCUGCCAUCGGUAGCGACCACGACCUAGUGAUGAUGCCGCACAAGAUAAAGCUGAAAAUAUCCAAAAAGACAACGACAGACAGAACUUGCUUUGAUCUAGAAAAACUAAAGGAUCCGACAAUAGCAGAACAAUAUCAGGGAGAAUCGGCAGGAAGACUUGCACCACCUCUACUGCUUGACCAAGAUCCACACACACUCUGUGAUGAGAUUACCAACACAAUUAAAAACGUGGCAGAGGAAAAACUAGGGAAAUGCAGGAAAAUCAAAAGGCCAUGGCUAACAUCAGAAGUCUUGGAGAAGUGUGAAGAUAGAGGUAAUAAGAAGAAAAGGAAAUAUUUAGGUGCUGUUGAGCUGGCAGAAUACAGAACUGCAAAUAGACAGACAAGGAAUGCACUGAAUGAAGCAAAAAACAAAUGGUUGGAAGGACAGACUAAAGACAUAGAAGAAAGCCUGCAUAGAAAUAACACCAAGAAGGCAUAUACAAUUGUGAAGAAACUAUGUGGCACACAGGUGGGUGGAACAAAAACGAAGCAAACAAGUGUGGUUGAAGACAAAGAUGGACAACUGUUGACGAAAAAGGAAGAGAUCACAAGAAGAUGGAAAGAUUACUGCGAGGAGCUUUAUAACUACAACAUACCAAAAGAUAGACAAAGAAAUACGAACAGGUGCGAAUGCCUAAAGGCGUUAGAGUGGCGUUUCCAUUACAUCACUCAUCACAGUGAAAAGAAGUUGCGCAUUUUUUGCUUCUAUCAGUGUUGCGGCUAA